AUGUGGGGCAAUUUCGGCCUGGACGGCCUCGCCAAGCUGGGCGAGAGCAUCGGCGACGCGCUGCAGCGCGUCCUAACGGAGGUGGAGCAAUGGGACGAGUCGCUGAGCCUGGCCAUGGAUCCGUCUCCGAUCGCAGGCAGGGGCGCGGAGGGGUUCCCCGAGCGUCGCGGUCAUGGGUCAGGCGCGGACCUCACGAGGCAUGAGAAGGUGCAGAGCAUCAUACAUGAAGUCUCCAUGCUGGACACCAGCCUGUCCACAACCCAGCAUCCGAAAGACAGUGUGCGCGAUCUGCACCGCAGAGCAAAGUCUAACCCUGGCGGCGAUAUGGCGGACACGGGCGAGCCGCUCAUGUCGGAUAUGGCAGCCAAGUUGAUGCGCUUCAUUGAUGGGAGCAGUGAGGCCGAGGAUGAGGAAAAUGCAGGUGCUUCUGCGGCCAAGAACCAACGAGACGCGGGUCAAACAGAAAAGGGCAAGAAAGCAGAAUCCCCAGGGUUGCUGUUGGAGUCCGGACCAGGGCAAAGGCCUGCCAAAGCACCUCCAGAGGACGUGAGGGUGUCUGGGGCCAACGACAGCUCGUCAAGACUUGCUGGUCCCACUUCGGGUGGACUCACUGGCGUUGAUCCCUGGUUUGAGGAGGAGGCGGAUGAUGACUGGAACCUGGGAACCUUUGGCGUAGGCUCAGGCGCACUGUCAGGCGCUGCGAUCAUUCCAGUUGAAGAAGAGUCAGCUGAGACGCCUGUGGCAGCAGAUCCCCCUGCAGAUAGAGCUUCCAGCGAGUUAGCAGAUUGUCAACCAUCACCAGUGGGGGAGUUCGACAGGGUUGACGGGUGCAGUGGUGGUUGUGGCGGAAGUGGGCUGGUGCAUGCUGUUGGUGAUGCUGGCCAUGGUGCAGGCCAGAGGUCUGAAGCUGCUGAGAUGCAAGCGAUGCACAGCACACUGAAACAGCUAGAGGAACAGGCCCGGCAGAUGGCGGCACUUCGAAAGGCGCAGACUCACCUGGAGGCAAAGAAUAGAGAACUGGCAAAGUGUGCACGAGAGCUGGAAGCAGAGUCAGAAGAGCUCCACAGGGAAUAUGGAGAAAGGCUGGCAGCAGCAGAGCGCAAGGUCUAUGCGCUCACAAAGGAGCGAGAUGUGCUGAAGCAACGAUCUGACAAGCUCACCAUUGCCAAGGAGAUGUUGAAGGAAAAGGAUGACACCUUGCAGCAGGUAAUGGAAGAAGGGGAGAUGCUGUCAAAGAGGCAGGUUGAGCUAGAGAGGGCACUGAGGUCACGGAAUGCUCGUGUACGGGAGCUUGAGGCUCUUCGUGAGAAGCUCAAUACCGAAUUGACAAGAGAAGCAAGCCGCUGUGAGGUGCUCCUUGCGGAGAGGUCCAGCUCUGGCAAAGGUCUGGAAGGUUCAGAGGCUGACGCCAGCAAGGACACAGCCCCCUCUCCAGUGGAUCAUCUGAUGGGAGGUCCUGAGCUGAAGAACAAGUGCAUGAGGUUUGUUGCAAACACCUUUGAUAGCGUGCGGCAGAUCAUGGGUGAUGAGGCACUUAGACGCAUCCUUCCUGAGGACGUGACGAUGAGAUUGGAGGAGGCUGCGAAGGAGCGAGCAGAGGCCAUCAGAAGGAUUAAGAUCGAGGAUGAGCACUUGGGGUGGGAGUGGAUGGACAUGGACAUGCCCAUGGAGAAGCUGGGACCCUCUGUGGCAGGUGAGGUAGCGCACAGCUACAAGGUUCUCCGUGCAGGGGUGAGGUGGCCCAGGAACGUGGACCCAACGCGACGUGAGGAAUAUCUUACAGAUGAGGAAUUUGCAAAGAUAUUCCGAUGCAGCUUUUCGGAGUACAAGGAAUACCCUCAGUGGAGGCAACUAUGGUUGAAGAAGGAGAGAAAUUUGUUUUAG